AUCUCGCGAUUCUAAUAAUGAAAGUCCCGUCAAGGCUUUGAGACGCCCUUUCAACAAAAAUCAGAAGUAUAGUUGAGAAUGUUUCGAAAGAGAAGUGAGAAGGGAGCCCAGUUACCUGUACUUCCGGGGCCCGUCCUUCGAUUAAUUUUCAACAACCUGAGUUCCGACGACUUGUUGAAAUGUCGCGAAACAUGCAUUCUAUGGAAUCAAGUCAUAAAAUUCUACAAAAUGCUGCCACAUUUAUCCGACUAUUUUCUUCACUGUGGCUCGCUCACCAAAUCUGCUAAACGCCGUCACCGGACAUGGUCGCCUUAUUCCGUGAAGCGUCUUUUGCUCAAUUUUAUCCAACCAGACGUGACAUCAUCCUCAACCUUACAGUCUCUGAAGGACGUCUACCUCCGGAACUGCGCCUACUACUUUGUUCGCCCACAACCAAGCAUAAAAAUUCUCGCGUUUGAAGAGGUGGCAAACUUUGGCCGCUGCCUCUCUUCCAACUCCUCCCAUCUGCUCUUGAACAAUAUUCACACGCUGGACUUGCAAGCCAUCAAUCAAUCCAAGCUGGCAAAAAUAGAACUGGGUGGCAUUGACACAAUUAUUUCUUGCAUGCCACACUUGGAGAAAUUGUCCCUUCCAUUGCGACUGCUGAGCGUAUUCGACCCUAAUAAACUUGUGAGAAUCGACAACAGCAAUAAUGAGAUUACAUGCUUUUCCCGACUUAAAUUCCUGACGGUGCAGCUCCCAGAAAUGAUAACCAUUUUGGAGAAUGGUGAAGAAUAUAUUUGCAUGAUCACUAAAGUGGUAACACUCUUGGCUUCCACACAACUGCGAACUUUACAAAGCCUUCAAGUGCAGUCUCCAGACUCGAGACUUCUUCCCAAGGCUGGUGCGUCGUCGUCGAGACGUAAAUUGAGAGAGCCAGAGGUGACCAAGUUUCUCGCCGACGUGGAGACAAUUGUAGGCACGCUUGGAACCUCCCUCCAAAACCACAUGAUGGAAAUGGUGAGUUCGAAAUUAUUGCUCAAGGACCUCACCCUCUGCAUCCACGGUUUCCCAGCGUCGUCCUUUGACAACACGGGCAUCCUCACCUUAUUCGCCUUCCUGGCCAUGCGGGGCUUGAAACACCUCCACCUAAGGGUGAGCGCAUCUGUGCUUUGCACGAGCUUGCCGACGAUUCUACACACGAUGAGUUUAAAUUAUGGCUGCGAGGUGACCUUGGACGUGGAAUUCUUUCUAAAUGGGAAGGAGAGUCAGGUGACGAGUCAGUACCUGCUAAGCCUUCCGGAAAUGUAUAGCUCCAUCCGGAGUUUUAACAUCCGGUUUCUCGCCGACUAUGACUCCAACAACCACCUCUUUUUCCUGGAAGAUUUUAUCCCCUUCCACACCCGACUUAACGUGACUGAGGGUCAAGUGCUCUUCAAAAAGUUGACCACCUUCAAAGUACAGUUUGAGGAGCCCUCCAGGAAGACGUUACUCACCUUCGGGUGGCUGCGGACAGUGUGCCCCACGUUAAAGCAUAUUUCCAUAAUAGUUGGUCGCCUGGAGGACUACGAGACUGGGUGGCGGAUUGUAUGGGGCCAGAUUAAGGACAAACUGAGGGGGAGACCUACGUCUUCUGUCCUCAAUAUUUUUUACCUUCGAGGAAUCAUCAAGUCAUUUCCCAAUCUGGAGACGUUGGUAUUUUGGGCAGAUUUACAGAAGGCGAAUGAUCACCUGCUCAUCCCCAUGGGCCGACCCACAGAACGCUUGGCUGAAUCCAUGCCAGGCUUGAGAAAACUGUCGUUGAGAGGACUCGGAAUAAACGUCACGGAUAAUUGCAUUCCAGGAUUUUAUGGGAUGCCGCACCUCACAGAUUUGGAACUCAUUGGAGGCCACAGCAUUACGACUGCAGCCAUACCUCAACUUUUAAAAGAAACUCCAACCUUAAAACAUGUAAAACUUGACUUGUAACAAUAUAAAAGCACACGCUAUAAUAUUAAAUAUGGUAUUAUGCUCUCUAACGGUGAUGUCGAUGUAAAAUUAGACUCAAAUUCCACGUGCAAGCCAAUUAAAAGUGGUAAUACCGAACUUCCUCAAUUGGAACGCAAUUGGUCGUACUAUCCCAAUUUAUUUAUAUUAGCAAUUUCUUUCGCAAUUGCGAUAACGCACGGCGUAUUGGGUUCAUGAGAUUCAAAUGGAGGAAAGAGAUUACAUGCUUCAGAAACGUGCCAUCAUUUUCCUUCUCCUUGAGAAAUGGCAAUAAUCAUAUUCACACUCUCACAGGUUCUGACAUUCAAUAAUUUGUCGGCAGUUUGCAUGGCUGGUGGUGAAUAUUACAAAUUUGGGUCACACUUCAGGGAGCAUUCUUUUGAAAGGAAAAACUAUAACAAGCCGAGAGAUAAGAAAAACAAUGGUUUUGACAUUGUUUGUCCAAACCGUGCUUGACAGCUUGCGAGUGGUGUUGGUGAGAGUGGGUGAAAGCGGGGUUGUGAGCCGGUUGAGUUGUGGAGAAAGUGGCUACGACCCGGAAGAUGAGGACAAUUUUACCGUUCGGGAGAUUGUAGGCUCCACCUCGGGAACUUUCGCCAAAGGAAUGGAUGCGCAGGGUCACUUGGAGGAGCAGCAGCAGUGCAGCAGCAGCAGAAGCAGCAGCACCACUACUACUACGACGACUGACAAUACUACUUCCCUCUGCGACCAGCACAUUAGAAGAGUCCAUAAGAAGGCCACGAAUAAGCAGCAAGAGAAGAGCAGCAAAGCCUGUGAUGACAAUGGCAACGAGGUCCUCCCACUGGACCACCCGUUGUCCUACCGCCACCUCCACCACCACCACUCCCAUUGACACCCUCCUCAUCAGUCUCUUACCAUCACCACCACGACAUCCGCGACCCAACUAACCAAAUCAAUUACCAAACACCAGUACAGUCAUCCCUAUUCAUCGUAAAACAUAAUUACUAACCAGUCUCAUCUUCCGACAAGAAGGGUUCUUCGUCUCACCCACAUCAGUAUUACACGGCCAGUCCCGGUUCUCAGCGCUAUCCAUGUAAACUUACGAUUGUUCAGAUCGUGUCUCCCUGUUCCUCUCUGCCUUCACCAUCAGUGCAUACAAAUAGUCUUCUAGCAAACCGUAGGGUCACUGCCACCGCUGCACCUAGUCCUCCCUCACCAAUAAUACUCAAACUCCUCCCCAUUCCCACCCAUGCAAGUUUAAAGGACGUAGCUGUAGAGAUUUUCACACAGACCCUUCUCACGAGUGCUUCCCGGAUGAAGAUGGUCCAUCCCUGUUGCGAGUAUCCACUCCAAAACUGCGUCUCGUAUCUUGCCCUCUACGACAUUGUCUGGUCGUUCCUGAGGACCAUUUACCACUUGAACGAGCUCCUUACCACCUUUGACCUUUGGGUGGCUGAUGGGCGAAUUCCUGACUAU